CAAAGGCAUCUGAGUUUAAUUUGUCGAGUUGCUUUGAUCGUGAAAAGUUACUCGAAUAUGCCUUGUUCAAGUGUCGAAGAAUCUCCUAAUAAACCAUCCUGGCUUUCUGAGCGGUACGUUCAAGAUGCGCUCCGUAAAUAUACCAAAGACAGUUCCCUCGAAAUAGUGAAAUUAGAAAUAGUUCCGGCAUCUUCGAAAGGUGAUAAUUAUUGUGGUGUUAUGACGAGAAUUCGAGUUAAGUUUACACGUGACGAAUGCAAAGGUAUCCAGUCAGGGAGUUACAUUUUAAAGUCAACUUUCGAGGAUGAAGCUGAUACCAUCACAGUCCAUGUGAUGGAGGGAUACAAUGUCUAUAACCAUGAACUUGAAAUGUACGGCACAAUAUUUCCAAAGCUCAGGAGUAUUCUAGAAAAUAUUGACUAUCGUGAGGACCUGGUACCCAGAACUGUGACCAUAGACCUUGAUCAUAAAAGUAUUUUUUUCGAGGAUCUAACCGCGCGGGGUUUUCAAAUGGCGGAUGUGAAAAAAGGUCUCAACACAGAACACGUUAAAAUAAUCUUGAUAAAGUUGGCUAAAAUGCACGCAGCAUCAGCUCUGUUGGAUCAAGAAAACCCUAAAAUUUGUCGAAAGUUCGAUCGAGGUCUUUUUAAUAAACAUUAUGAAGGAUUUGCUCCUUUUAUGACGAGAAAUCUUGAAGUAUGUGCUCGAAUGGUUCGCGGUUGGGAAGGAUAUGAGAUGUAUGGUGAUAAGCUGAUGAAUCUCGUGCCGAAAUUGACGGAAUAUGGACAGAGGGCAACGGAACCGAGAAAACAUCAUUUGAAUGUUUUGACGCAUGGAGACUUAUGGUGCAACAAUACAAUGUUCAAAUAUAACGACAAAGGAGAACCUGUGGAUGUUAUCCUUUUGGACUUCCAGUUUAGCUGUUGGGCAUCGCCCACUAUUGAUUUGCAUUACCUUUUUAAUACGUCUCUUGCGGAGGGUCUUUGGUUAAAUCACAUUGAGGAGUUCGUCCAGUUUUACUAUUUGAACUUGAGGAAAUCAUUGGAGGAUUUAGGUUUCCAAGGGAAGAUACCGACCCUUCAGGAAUUUUGGUUGCAAUAUAUGGAGACAGCUUUCUAUGCUCUUUUCACAUCGUUAAUUCCACAAGCAAUAAUGCUCAAUGAAGAACUAGAAGAUGCAUCAUUCAAUUGUUUGCUGGAGGGGGAUACAGAAAGGUCUAUGCGACUUCGCAAUGCAAUUUAUAGUAAUCCAAAAAUUCAGAGUAAUUUACGAAGACAAUUGCCAGUGUUUGAUAGGCGAGGCCUACUGGAUAUCCAGGAUUGAAUGUGUAGGAUAUGUAAAACUAUUAUUAAUUUCGUAGGGUUAAAUUUAAAUAAUUUGAAUGAAGUAAAUACAAAG